CUUUAUCCAAAUAGCUUUAUCCAAACCAAAAUGGUGAGGCUAGAAAUUCAUUUCUGAAUUCUGAUUUCCUCACCCAACAGAUUCGGCCGGGAGAAAUGGGGUGCAUCGGAGAACAAAUUGACGCCAUUAAAUCUGUAUAGUUCCGGCAGCUACUCACUCAAGCUGUUACUCUCGGUAUGAUUGUUGCUUCUGCAUUGAUCAUAUGGAAAGGUUUAAUGUGCAUAACUGGCAGUGAAUCUCCAGUGGUGGUUGUUCUUUCUGAAAGUAUGGAACCUGGCUUCAAAAGGGUGAGCUAGAGAUUAGAUCUGGCAGUCCUUUUUCACUCUGAUAGCUUAAACUUUUCCUGGCCCUAGUGGAUCCAUACUUAUUGGCCUUAAAUCCUACUACAACUAUAAUUAAUGUUAGUCACUCAACCCAUAUGUAACAUGAUGUUACAUAUGAACAUCCUCUAGUUUUUCAUGAGCUGUUAUAGAACUAAUGCUUUUUAUCUUUCAGGGUGACAUAUUGUUCUUGCGUAUGACUGAAGAUCCUAUUCGCAUUGGAGAAAUAGUUGUGUUUAAUAUUGACGUGAGAAGCAACUCAUGACCAAUUUUCAGUCACAGCCUUUCUUUUGGGCAUUUGGAAGCAACUCAUGACCAAUUUCAUUGCCCUGAAGAUGCCAUACAACUCACCCUCCUCAAUGGUUGUGUAGGCAUGGAGCAAUGGUUUGUGAUGUACGCCCUGGACGGGAGUGAUUCUUGGAGUACUACUCCGAUUGCCCGACUCUUGAGUGAGGCAUUAUUAUUUGCAUUUAAAUGAUGAGGAAUACCCACCCAAUAGCAGAUUUCUAGAAUGAAGGCUAGAAUCGGGGGUAAGUGCAACGAUAUCUGAAUUAUCUCCUGCGCCAACAGUUUGAAAAUCUAGAGGUCCCAACCCUGUCCAUGAUAGCGCCAGAUAAGCGAAAACACUAGAUCCAAGGUGAUUUUGAGCCCACGCGUCUCUCCUAUUAAGGUAAACGACUCUUAAGAAUAAUAUUCUACCUUGUUUUGAUGUACAGUGUCAAAGGUUCAUCAAAACAAGGUAUAAUAUCAUUUCUAAGACUAGUUUACCUUAAUAGAAGAGACGUGUUGGCUCAAAAUCACCUUGGGUCCGGUGUUUUCGCUUAUCUGGCGCUAUCCCGGGCAGGGUUGGGAUCUCAAGAUUUUCAAAGUAUUGACGCAGGAGAAAAUUUAGAUCUCGUUGCACUUGGCCCCGCUUCUAGACUUCAUUCUUGAAAUCUGCUAUUGGGUUGGUAUUUCUCAUUAUUUGAAUGCAAAUAGUGAUGCCUCACUCAAGACCCGGGCAAUCGGAGUGGUACUCCGGGAAUCACAAGACACUUCCAUCCAGGGCGUAUAUCACGAAUCAUUGCCCCAUGCCUACUCAACCAUUGAGGAGGGUGAGUUGUAUGGGAUCUCCAACGCAUUGAAAAUUGGUCAUGAGUUGCUUCCAAUUGCCCAAAAGAAAGGCUGAGAUUGUGACAAAGGGACGUGAGAUUCCAAUAGUGCACAGAGUGAUAAAGGUUCACGAGCGCAAAGAUACAGGGGAAGUAGAUAUACUAACAAAAGGAGACAAUAAUUUAGAGGAUGAUAGAUCUCUGUAUGCCCAUGGGCAGCUCUGGUUACAGCGUCAACACAUCAUGGGGAGAGCUGUUGGGUUUUUGCCUUAUGUGGGCUGGGUAACAAUAAUUAUGACUGAGAAGUCUAUUAUCAAGUAUAUUUUGAUAGCUGCUCUGGGGUUGUUGGUCAUCACAUCAAAAGACUAGGGCCAACCACACGCCGGUCUUCUCAUCUGCAAUGGGUCAAGUGCGUGAGUGUAGUAUAGGCUAUAAAAUUAACGGUGGCCUCGCCAAAAUCUAUUCAAUGCAGUUGUAUUCAGAAAAGAAAUGAUUCUUGGUUCUUGUGAGCAAGUCUACUUUUUUCUAAUGCAAAUGAGUUUGUUCACUUGAAUGACUAUGGAUGAUGAUAAAUGAAGCAUAAAGUACAAGACCUAAGAGUAUCAUUGAAGCACAGAGAUGUGUGGUAGUCUACCUUGCAUUUGCUUGCAGUCUAGCAAGCUUCAUUGAAGCAGUGAACCUUUGUCGCGAAGAAAAGUGUGGUAUCUGACAACUAUGGGUCUUGAAGCUAUCUCCUAAUGCGUUGUUAUCCAUCGUCUGUCUCUCCUCUUGCGUCUCGUGCCCAACUUCUCUUGUGCCGGGAACUCCCUAAAAGCUUAGUUUCACUUAGAGCUGAUGAAUAGAUCGGAUGGUACGUGAUAUGCAAACGAGGUGAUGGAUGAAUCGAGUAAAGAUACAGAGUUAAUGGAUAAAUAAGGGUGAAGCUCUACCCGAUCCAAACCUGACUCAUUACCAUCCCUGCUAAUUUUGUGUAUCAACAACUAGGGAUGUAAUCAAAUCAAAUAUUUUAAAUUCGAUUCGCGAUUUGUAUUCGAAUAUGAUGAUUCGAAU